AACGGGCUCAUAUCUAGUUGGUUAUAAUUUAUGGCUUAUUAUUUAGUGAAUGAGAUUUGUAUAAGAAUUUAGAAUUUGAAGGGAUUUAGUUAUUUAGUAAACAUACAUAAAUUCUAACCACAAACACGAAUCCAAAUAUAUAUUAAAAAAAUAUUAAUCAAGUUUUUUUUGAAACAAAAUUAUCUUGUGUGAUGUUGUUAGAACAAAAAAAAUAUGUUUUAACACUAGGUCAGACCUUUUUUUGAACACUCACUAUGUGAGACCAUUUUUCUAAAUUGGAAGUAAAUAUUAAUUUAGUUAUUGGAUUCAUUGUUUCUGUUAUCUAUUCUACUACUAUUAAACAGCCACAGUUUAUCAAUGACAAGUCACUACUGAACUUGUCAUCUCUGAAAGAUUAAACAACAUCAAGUUGAAAAAGAGAUUAAUGAGAUAAAAUAACUUCAAAAUAUAUAUAAAUGAAUAAAGUAUAAACACACUACUUUAAAAAAGCGCAUGCUACAUUUUGAAGGAUCCGACAGCUUCUUUGGCAAUCAAAAUCAAAGAUUUAAAAGUGACAAGAAAGUUCAUAAUUAUUCAUAUACUACAAAAAUGGGAACCAUUAUAGAUUUAAAUUUGUAACCUACUCACAAAGGGUAGCAAUUACAAUGGACCCUUCAUAAUUAUUCAUAUACUACAAAAAAUGGGAACCAUUAUAGGUUUAAAUUUGUAACCUACUCACAAAGGGUAGCAAUUACAAUGGACCCUAUUGUGAUUUGAAGUUGUUUUAUAUCAUUUAGAUCUUUCAACCUAUUUUAUUCCUAAACCCACCGUGCUACCCCACAAGCAUUAUACUAUCAAUUUUGUAAAUUGAUAAUCUAUCUGCCACAAAAUACACUCGUAAUAUUCACUAAACAAGUGUGUUCAUAUUCACUCGUAUUCACUAGUUUGAAAGGUAAACGAAGAAGAAAGAAAUAGAUACAACGUUAACUACUAAGUUUUUUUUAUUGACAACGAUUUUGAAGUUUAAAUAAGAAGAUUAAACAACAUUAACUUUUCAAUAUGCUUCGCUAACUGCAUUUGUUUAAAAAUAGACCACCAGUAAAAUCAUAAAUGAGGCGUAAAUAUCGAAAUAGUUAGUGAUAUGAACUAACUUUGAAAUGAUAAAAUGAAUAAAGAAUAAACACACUACCGAAAAAGUACAUGUUACAUAUCUAGUGAUAUUAAAUUACAUUGAAGGAUCCGACAGCUUCUUGGCCAAUCAAAAUCACAGAUUUAAAAGUGACAUGAAAGUUCAUAAUUAUUCACAUACCACAAAAAAGUGGGAAUCAAUAUAUGUUUAAAUUUGUAACCUAGCCAUAAAGCGCAUCAAUAACCAUGGACCCUAUUGUGAUUUGAAGUUUUUUAUAACAUUUAGAUCUUUCAAGUUGUUAAAUUCGUAACCCACCACGCUACCCCACGAGCAUUAUAUCAAUUGAAUUUAGUAAAUUGAUCAUUUAUCUCAACACACUCACAAUAUUCACUAAUGCAAGUGUGUUCAUAUUCUUUUUUUUUUCUUUUUUUGAAUGACUAAAAGGUUGUUGCAAUGUAGGUUCAUUUUUUUUGGCGAGACUUUUUAAACUUAUAAACUUUAGAAACUUAUUAAAUAAUCUAAAAGUUUUAUCCACUAGUUCACUCCUAGAUUCAUAUUCAUUCAUAAUACACUCAUGAUAAUUAAGCUCAGUCCCUAACAUGGUGAUUAUAGCUAGCUAAUAAAAAGGGUUAAAAUAUCUAAUUACACACAAAGCUGGCAUCCUCCCCACCACUUAAACAGCCUGUUAUCAUCACUCUCCUAUUGGUUUACAAAACGACAAAGUCCUACGUGGCUUCCAGUUUUUCUUCAAACACAAACUCAAGCUCUUCUUCUCUAUUUAUUACACAAGUCUCCCUUUCUCUUCCACAUUAUCACUUCCACUUUACAAGUUACAAACCUUCAAUAAGCCUCUUUCACCCGAGAACGUGGCACGGCUUAGGCUUACGAGUCAGCUCCGCGAGAUGGGUAUAUGCAGUUCGAGCGAGUCGACUCAAGUGGCGACGGCGAAACUGAUCUUGCAAGACGGGAGGAUGGUAGAGUUUACGAGCCCCGUGAAAGUAGGAUACGUUUUGCAGAAGUAUCAUAUGUGUUUUAUCUGUAACUCUGACGAUAUGGACUUCGACGACGCCGUUUCAGCUAUUAGCGCCGACGAAGAGCUUCAGCUCGGUCAGAUAUACUUCGCGCUUCCUCUUCGCUGGCUUCGUGAGCCACUUAGAGCGGAUGAGAUGGCUGCAUUGGCCGUUAAAGCUAGCUCUGCGCUCAUGCGAAGCGGUGGCGGUGGCGGUGGAGGAAGUUGUCGCAGUAAACGUGUUGAUUCUAUUGUCGCCGGUAAGUCUCGGAGGAGAUUUGGCUCCGGUGAUGAUACGGUGGGAUCCGGCGGUGGUAGAAGGAAAGUCAGAGACGGUGAAGGUGGUGGUGGUGGUGGUGGACUUGGUGGUAGUAGUAGUGGGAAAAGGAAGUGUUACGCGGCGGAGUUGAGUGCGAUAGAGGAGUGAAUGGUAGUUUUGUAGUUUGUGGAUAGUUGUAAUUAUGUUGGGGUACUUUAGUUAUUUAGUGAAGAAUCAAGUUGCAAAUUAGCAAUAAUCGAAAAGUUAUCUCUUGGGAUUUUUAGUAGCAAUAGUUAUCAUUGAUGUGUGACAUUUGUCGACUUAAAUUCUUACUCUUACAUUAC